AUGAAUCUUUUGCAGUAUUCAGUGGAUACGCCAGAUCGUAGUGCCGUGCAACCAAGAGGAGUUCAUGCCAAUUCUUUUUCUGGCCCUCCAUGGGAUCGGCAUCUGCAGCUCAGCUCUUCGGAAUCUCAGGGUUUGGUUUCGCCUGGUGGUAGUAUACAAAACUUUAUCCCCGAUCGCCGAUCACAUGUACCUCAUACUGGCCCACUAAGUUACUCCAUCCCAUGUACAUCAGAUAUUUCCUUCCCUUCGGAACUUGGUGCCAAUUUACCUUUCUACAAAGAUUCCUCUCGAUCUCAUUUGCAUUCGAAUCUGAGACCCAAUAUGGAAACCAUGGUUCCUCAACUGGGUUCGGUUUACUCAGAAACUGUAUCCGAGGCUGCAGCUCUUCGUGAUGGAACAAGUCAAUUCGAACAACUGGACCACGGUUGUCCGCCGUGUGCACAACCUAGAUAUGCGGCUUCAGUGACGUCACAAGAUUGCCAUUCGCCAAUGCUUUCUAGCAUGCCCGGUCUGCAAUACACACAACAUGCACUAGAGCAGUACCUUUCCGAUUUGUUGGCUGAUGAACAAUCAUUCGGCCCGGAGCGCACAGCAGAGGCUGCUGCCAGAUUUGCAGGUAACACAGAAUCUCAGUACUGUUCAGACGGGCCUGGUCGUUUAGCUGUCCCCAGUUCACCGGCCGUUCCGCCGUCCGAUUUGGAUUCUUUGCAUUUCCUGGAGCGAAGAAUUAUGAAUGCGUUGAGAAUUGUGCACGAGGAUGGUGAUGAAUCUUGUCUGCCUAAUCCGGGUGUACCCAGUUCUUCCGUCUCUCCGUUUCCUUGGUGUGAACGACGGGGUUCGGAGGAGCACACAAAGAAUAGGAAUAAUCGCGUCCUCGAACAGUUCACGGAGUCUGAGGCUGUUCAGGAUCUAAUUAUCGUACGGGGUGAAGAACAAAAAAGAUUGGUGGAGUCGCGAGUCGUUGGCGACCGACUGGCACGCCCCGUACGAUCUGCUCACAAGGAUUGUGACAACAUCACUAUGACAAGCGGAGCAUCGCCCCGUCUAUCAGCCACAACUUCCCGAACGAGCAGUCGUAACAGCAGUGCAGUUCGGUCAGCCAUCCCGGUUUCUGAGGAUCAAACGAAUACCACUUCCACCGCUGGCUCAGUGGAUUCGGAUCACUCGAGUGCGGAUAUCAUGCACAAACGACUUCCCCUAGGUUUUCAGCAUUUUAAACGCUAUCUGGAUAACAAAUUUGGCCCUGACCAUCCAUUGCUUAUGAAUUCAGGUUCCCGCCAAGUCGCAGAGGAAACCGCCGAUCCCGCAUUGGGAUCACGGCAGGCGAUCGAAUCCGGGCCGGAUCACCUAUCGCAUGGUGAUCAACGCCUACAGAGAUCACGUCCAGCGGCCGUCUCGGUUGCCAGUGGGUCAGUGACUGGUCGUUUGGUAGAUUCGGCCGGUGCUUUACCCCAGGCUACUUGUAUAAUACAACCUAGGCAAUGGACUGACCAAAUGACUUUGACCGAUUCAGGAUUCACUGAAGGUCAUGUCUCGGCAAAUGUACAACAUUUCUCAAACUCACCAUCAUUCAAUUCUUUCCAAGAGGCUUUGUUUGCUGAUCAAGAAGGCGGAAGAGAUGCUAUCCCCCAGGCAGCUUCGACACAGGUGCAUCCAUCUGUCAGCUGGGAUCCAGCCACAAAUACUUUCGGUGUCCUGGCAGCGGACACUCUUCCACCGUAUGAAGUGCACUCUCCAACUGAGAUACCUUAUCAACAGCCCAUCUCAUCACCCACUUAUUUAGUCACUGGUCAUCAUCCUUUCAGCCAAAGAUCCUACUGUUCCACUCCCGAAACGGGAGAUCUACCUCACUAUCGGGCCUCACCGUACGAUCCAUGGCGUAACUACAAUGUUCGGAACUCCGUACUGUGGCCACAUGAGUACUGUUGUUGGUCCAGAUUCGUGGAAAACAGUUACAAUCCAAAUUAUGUACCAUAUCAUCAGCAGCUUCAAGCGGCUAAUAAUCCCAUGGAACUUUGCAAUCAAUCAGUCUGUGGUUGUGUUGCGGCUUACCACUACGGCUAUUCAUCUCCUUGGGUAAGUUUUCAAUGUAACUAG